AAUUAAUUGUACCCACUUACAUUACCAGGUCUUGAAACAGAAGAUUUGCUCUGCUCCGCUAAGGAUACCUAUAGCGCCAACUGCUCCAUUGCCUUUUCCUCAAGCAAACAACUUUCCAGAAGCAUCCAUCGUCGUCUUGAGAUAUUCCUUGCACAAAAAAGCAAGGAAACAUCAAAUGGUUACAACGAUGCGUCGUCGUUUAAAGCCUAUGGUUCUUCCUCUCCUUUUGCUCUUCUCCUAUACCUCCCUUCCAGGAUUGAUUAGAGCGGCGGUUGUAACUCUAGAUUCGAUCGAAAUAUAUAAUACUCAUGAAUGGUUCGCAGCAUUACCGGAAGUUUAUUUUCAGUGUAAAGGUGAAAAUAGAACAAUAUAUUUGCCUGAUGUGAAGAAGGAACAUGAGUUAUAUACGUUCAAAGGUGAAGAGUCUUGGCAGCCUCUGACAGAACUAGAAGAAAAAAAGUGCAAACGAUGCGGGAUAUAUGAAAAAGACUCAUUCAUAAAGCCUGAUGAUGUAUUUGAUGAGUGGGAGUUCUGUGCCUCGGAUUUUACUAGUCCUGAUGGGAAGUAUAUUCAUUUCAAGGAGAAAGAGUUCAACGCCACAUUCUUAUGUCCAGACUGUGUCCCCCUUGAAGGUGCUUCAAAUCACACCGAUGGCCCGCGGAAUAAGGGAAAGGGAGUGCACUGGGCUCUAGUGCUGCUCAUCUGUGUGUUAGUGACGACUUUUGUAGUUCUUGGAGCAGUGACUGCCUACAAAUAUUGGCAAAAGAGAAAGAAACAGCAAGAACAAGCUCGAUUCUUGAAGCUGUUCGAGGAGAGCGAUGACGUGGAGGAUGAAUUGGGCAUUGGACCACUUAGUCAUGUCAUUUAGAGAGAAAAAAAGCCUAAAACAUUUGUACAUGCCUUUUUGUUUUCAAUUUUUUUUGGAAGGAACUAUUGAAAGAGAUGUAUAGUGUAACUUAACAGAGUGAAAGUGUUAUAUAAAGUCAUUGAAUCUCAAAAUUGGUCCUUGAUCUUGGAAAAGAAAAGAUAUUUUGCUUCAA